ACCAAAUUUCCUCAAAGUAAUAAUGAAACAAACGCUACUAGUCCUAAUCCGCCGAUUAGGCCCGGUCUCUCCGAUACAGUGGAGCAGGAACUUCAGUGCUAGUGUGUCUGAAAAUGUGGCAGAGAAUAAAUCCGAUUCGACCAGCGACAAAAGUUCCUCCGGCCAACCGAAGGCAGAAAAGCUCAUCAAGGUGGCAAUUAUUGGCGUUCCCAAUGCCGGAAAGAGCACAUUGAUAAAUCAUUUGAUUAACCAUCGGGUAUGUCCCACAUCGAUGAAAGUUCACACGACACGAAAGGCGGCUAAAGCUAUCCAGAGUCGUUCCAACUCGCAGAUGAUUCUGUUCGACACCCCCGGACUGGUGGGUGAGCGUGAAAUGAAAAAGCAUCAGCUGGAUUCGAGGUUUGUUAAGGCCUGUCGGACUGCCAUUCAGAACAGUCAGCUCGUCGGAGUCGUGCACGAUGUUUCCAACAGUUGGACUAGAAACUGUUUGAACCCCAUUUUGCUGGAGGUACUACAACAGUAUGCACACAUCCCCAGCUUCCUGAUUCUGAACAAAGUGGACACGUUGAAAUCGAAACGUAUUCUGCUGGAUAUAGUGCGUAAUAUUACCAACGAUAAGUUGGAAAACAUAAAGAACUACCACGUUAAGAGGAGAAAAAGUCUCGUGAAAGAGGCCGAUGGCACUGUGGAGCAGCCAAGGACGAAGCAGGAAGGCUGGUCACACUUUGCGGAGGUCUUUAUGGUGUCGGCAAUGACCGGCGAUGGUUUGAAAGAGGUGAUGAACUUUAUCUACUCGCACGCGCAGCCUGGCACUUGGGAACACCUGGCAACGGAAAGUACCGACCAAACGCCGGAAGAGCUGAUAGUGCAGAGCGUUCAGGCCCGCUUGCUGGACUACCUUCCGCAGGAGAUUCCCUAUCUGCUGGACACGGAGCUCGAGUUCUACGAGCGCAUUAAGGGUAAGAUUUUUGCCAGUGCUGUCGUAACGUGUCCGAAUGCACGCCUCGAGCGGUUGGUUUGCGGCGAAAGUAACGGCAAGCUGCGACAGAUUACGGAACGUAUAACGUCCGAUUUGAUCGAAACCUUUGCCGCGCCAGUUUCGCUGACCAUUGUGACGCGAUUGAAGAAUAAGUAAGAAAUGUUGCUGAGAAGGGAAGUUAAUAAAACA